AAAACAAACAAAACCAGCAGUUCUGCAGACAGAAACGCCUUGUUAAUGCGAGACGUCAGAGGAGAAGGGCCAGACUGGUCAAAGCUGAUAGGAAGGAGACAGUAACGCAAAUAACUAUAUUACAACGUUGGUAUGCAGAAGAGCAUCUCUCAACACACAACGCAACAUUAUUAAAUGGAUAGGAAUCCUACAGCAGUAAAAGUCUAAAUAAGUCUUAUAAAUACCUAAGUGCUCGCGCGUCAGCAGACGAACGAUGGUAUUUCUGCUCGGACGCCGCGGCUGGCUGCUGCUGCUGGUUUCCAUGGCCCCGCUAUGCUGCGCGGAUCCGACCCAAAGCUGCGACAUCACAGCCCAGCCCGAUUUUAUCAGCCUUGCGCACAGCCUGGUGCUGCCAGUCCACGGCACAACCGGCCCGCUGACGCCGCUGUACAGCUUCGCUCGGAGCUUUCUGGACGCGGUGCAGCCCAACGCGUUCCCAAACGACAUAGUGCAAGGAGCUGUGGACCACAAACAGCUGGAUGUCUCUGAGGUGGCAGGUUAUGAGGCUGGGUACCUGGUGUGUCUGAUCCUGGCUCUCCUGUACAUGGUCCUCAUGCCUGUCCUGGGCGGAGUCUUUGUCUGGAGACAUUACCAUGGUAACAGCGGAGGGAUUACCCCAUCAUCGCCAUCGUCACGGCGACAUUGGGGCAUUGCUAUGGGGACAUGUCUGGCUGUCACCACCAUCUUACUCCUGGCAGGUGUGAUUCUGGCCUUCAAUACCAACAACAGAACCAGAGAGAACAUGGAGCCCGGACUGUACCAUUUAAGGACCAAUCUGGGGGUCAUGGAGAAGGCUCUCAGCUCCAUCCCUGAGAAAAUUGAGCUGAUCCUUGAGCAGUACUCUGCUCCCAAAGCUGAAAUGGAAAAGCAUUUCAAAGGUGUUGGUGACAACAUUGGCCAGGCCCUUAUCCUGGCGUUUGACCCGGAAGCGAAGGAGGCCCUCAGUGACCUGUCAGUCUCAGUUCAAGACGCAGUGCACACCAGAGAGAGCCUGCAGGUUGUGCACACGAUCAGAUCCCGCAUGCAGCCGAGGCAGAGACUGCUGCAGGCCCAGCUGGCCGAGCUCAGACAGGGCCUGGAGCAGACCAGGACCUCAUGCCCCGCCUGCGGGCUGCCCUCCACCAAUCAGCUGCACACAGACGCUGAAUACAGAAUGAUGCCUUCAGUGAAGCCUCAGCUAGAAAGGUUUCCACCAGCGAUCCAGUUCACAAGCCUGGUGGAACAGGCUAACGCUUCCUUCAGUGGAAUUCCCGAGAUUUGUAAAAACCAGACAGCGCCUUCUGUAAAAGCUCUUAUGGUUAACGUGGAGAACACAAGGACAUCAAUGAAUAGCGCCAGCCAGCAGUUCCCCUCUCUGAAGUCUCUCUCCGAGGUGGUGUCUGAUGUCAGACAUGCUGUCAGCAUUUAUGGGACACAUUUAAAUCGCUAUGACUACCAAAGGUGGGCAGUAGCUGUGAUGUUCUGCACUCUGAUCCUGCUCAUCGUGCUGCUCACGACCCUCGGCCUUGCUCUGGGGCUGCUGCCACUAUGCCGUCCUGACCUCAACCCCGCCCACUGCCAGGGUCCACUUGAGCGCAUCGCUGUGACCCUGCUCAGAGUUGCAGUGGUCCUGACCCUCAUCUUCUCCUGGCUCUUCAUCAUCCUUGUCUUCAUCACCUUAUUCUUUGGAGGAAAUGUUCACACCUUUGGUUGCAGGAGCUGGAAGAGAGGGGAGAUUUUUGAGUUUUUCGACCAAUACGAUGGCCUGUUCAGCAGCCUGAAUAGCAGUCGAUCUGAGGACGACUCCACCCCUCUGCUGAACCUGAGUACAGCUGAGAUCUACCAUGGCUGUAAGACUGGACAGUCCCUCUUCCACUCCAUGGAGUUCAGCCAGCUGUUUGACCUGGAAGACUUCCUGAACACCAGCAAGUACAUGGCAGGCUUCAGGCAGGACCUCCACAACAUGUCCAUAAACCUGCAGGACUUUCAGCUACUGUCCUCAGAGGGGAGGAGGAAUGUCCAACAAUUCAGGGACAGCGGAAUCGACAGAAUCGUGUACGCUGAGUUUUGGAUGCAGUUGAGCAGGCCAGUGACGAAGACAAACCUCACAGUUUUUGCAGAACAGCUGGACAUGGCAGCGCAAACACAAGAAGAUGACAGCAUAAGGAUGGACUUAGAGAGGAAGGCUGGUAAGACCAGGGAAUUGAGUGUACUCGUCCAGCAGCAGCUUCAGGAUGCAAAAAAGUUGAACGCGAGUGUGAAGGCGCUGUCAGUGAUCAGCACCCACUUCAAGGCUAACAUAAACAAAGCACUGCAGAGCAUCUGGCAAAUCCAACAGGGACUACAGAAAUCGGUGCAGAGCGUUGUGGGAAAUGUUUCUCAGUGCACACUGCAUAAGGCCAAGAUUAUUUUGGGCCGAUACCUGGACUGGGUGCGUCACACGAUUAUAAAUGAGAUUCUGCAGUGCCAGUGGCUGUCGGUAUCACUGGAUAAUGUGUACACAGCCCUGUGUGAGAAUGUGAUCGACCCUUGGAACGCGUUCUGCCUGUGUUUGGGCUGGUGCUGUGCGUUCCUGAUCCCCGCGGUGAUCUUCAGUCUCUUUACCGCCAACUACCUACAGCCGGCACAGUGUCACCGCUUUACCGCCAACGACCUGCCACUUGCCAGUAGUAAAGAAGAAUCAGGCAAGCCUGAAGAGAAAGCAGGAAAGGCCGAACCAAACAUUUACGCUGCCCUUACAACAAUCCAUCUGAGAAACCAAGAUAACCUCUACAAAAACUGAAAGACUGAAAGAAUUGAAGUUUCUUGCUUAUCAAAGUCUAUUUUAAAAAUAGAUAAACAAGCAGCCUCAAUUUUGUCCAUAGAGACUCAACACCAUGAUUCCUUUACAACCCAUCUCUAGCAUAAAUCUGUGUCUCUUUAAUCAUACACCAUCUCUCUAGUAAUCUACCUCAGGCUAUUCCAGCGCACAAGUCAAAAUAAAUUGUUUUAAGUGUAGGAAUUGCAGAAUAAUCUGAGAAGCAAAUACAGAAAUGUGCUUCAAAGACUCACUGAUAUGGCACAAUCUCCCUGUUCAGACCAACCUAGUGGCUCAAGAACAUGGAUAAUUUAGGGAUUGUUUAAGCACUUUGUCCGUGAGACCCCUGAAGUAUAGUUCAGACAAUAAAAAUGUUUAAUUUCAAUUCUAUGUCCACUGUAAGUCUAGAACAUGCUGAUAUCUGUUCUAGGGGCGGCCUGUAGCGUAGUGGUUAAGGUAAAUGACUGGGACAUGCCAAAUCGGUGGUUCUAAUCCCAGUGUAGCCACAAUAAGAUCUGCACAGCCGUUGGGCCCUUGAGCAAGGCCCUAAACCCUGCAUUGCUCCAGGGGAGGAUUGUCUCCUGCUUAGUCUAAUCAACUGUACUGCAAGCCAGACGUUAAAGCCCGCCACCAUCUCAACACCCUCUUCAGGUGCCCCUUUUUGUGGCGCCUUAAGGGAUCUACAAAGGACAUCCAGCUAAUAGCUGAGUGUAAUUCAUCAUUUAACUCCUCUAUAGUCAGUCCUUUGAAUCUAUUCGAUAAAUUAUUUGUGUUAUCAUCAGGAAGGCCCUUGAAGCCUCUUAAUUUUCUUUCGGUAUUGACGUCCUUGCCAUUUUCCUUAUCUCUUUUACAUUUUUACAUUACAUCUCCUCCUGCUCUUUGAUUUCCCAAUUAUCUUCAUUGUCUUUCUCAUCCUGUUUCUUUAACCAGGCCUCGUGCUCCUCCCCUGUAGGAGCCAGCCCACACGUGUCAACCAAGUAUGUUAUCACAUCUAUCGUCUCCUUGAAUGCAAAACUCCCUGGGUCUCCAAUUUUCCGUUCUGCGUGUUCAGCAUCUUCCAUGGUCAUGCUAGAACACAUUCUACGCAUGGCCUCAGUCAGGCCUUUAGCCUUGCUCUCUAAAACCCUGAAUCUAAGUCCUCUGACUUCAGACUCCUCAGUAUCCAUAUACGGUUGUACAUUUAUCUUGUACCAUAUACUUCUCCUCUUACGGGAGAUUUUACUCCUACCCCAUUGGCGUGUGCGAGGGGUUAACAAUGCAUUCCUGCCUAACCCAUCUUCUGUCAAUCUCUCAUCAGGCGGGCCUAGGGCCGGGUCCUCGAAAGUACGUCGCUCUGGAUAAGAGCAUCUGACAAAUGCCAAUAAUGUAAUGUAAAUAUCUAGUAGCCUGUAGAAUUUAUUAGCACCUGCAGUAAUUUAACUUAAUUAAUUAAUAACUUACCAAAUAUGUUUUAUACAAAACAUUGCAAAAAGAUUAGUAUAUCUUUUAAACCUGCAUAUUGAAGAUCCCUCUUUUACAAAAUGUUAUAUAAGAAUAUCCUAUAGAGAUAUAAAUUAUUUUUUGUCUUUGUAAUCAUCCAUAUUCAGGGACAGGGAGUCUGGGUUUAAGUCUGUUGUUGAUGACCUGUGUCUUACAAAACAUUACGUACCUUUGCUUAUUCAUGGAACUAUCAUCCAUCUCCUGUCAUUUACCUUUGGUCUCUUACUUGAAAUUGAAAUGUUUUUGUUUACAUGAAGGCAUCAAAUGAAUACCUAAACUGUGAAAACAAUAAAAUAUGUUUACGUCCA